AUGGACUAUGACACCGUGUCAAAGAUCAACCCCGGUAUCAUCUACGCCAGUAUCACAGGUUACGGCCAGACAGGCCCCUACAGAAACAGAGCAGGUUACGACGUCAUGGUUGAAGCCGAAUUUGGCCUAAUGCACAUCACCGGAACCCGCGAUGGCCCACCCGUCAAGGUCGGUGUAGCAGUAACCGAUCUGACAACCGGUCUCUACACCUCCAACUCCAUCAUGGCAGCUCUCUUCCGGCGCCUCAGAAACCCCAAAUCCAAAGGCCAACACAUCGACGUCGCGCUUUCAGACUGCCAAGUCGCCACUCUGGCGAAUAUUGCCAGCUCCACUCUCAUUAGCGGAAAACGUGACACUGGACGCUGGGGAACUUCGCAUCCAUCGAUUGUACCGUACAAGGCGUUCAAGACGGCGGAUGGAGAUAUCUUACUGGGAGGUGGAAACGAUAGGUUGUAUGGAGUUUUGUGCAACAGGUUGGAAAGGCCCGAAUGGAUUCUCGAUGAGAGGUUCAAAACGAACGCGUUGAGGGUGCAGCAUAGGGACGAGCUAGAGGAUUUGAUUGAGACGGAGACGAAGAAGAAGACUACACAGGAAUUGCUCGACGUGCUCGAGGGAAGUGGAAUGCGUAAGUAA